AUGGCUGUCCCCAUCUUCUCCUGCACAAGGACCUCCAUUCCCCCCAGCCCUAGGAAUCCUGAAAUCCCCCACUCUUCAGUGCUCACCCUCAUGUCAUGGCUCCAGGACCACAGCACCGACCUCACCUGUCAGCUGACCUUCCCUGGAGUUGUUGUGACUGUGAAGAGGACUCUCCAGCUCGAGACAGGUCCAACACAGGAGGUCCAAAACCCUUUCAUCUUGGAGAUGCUGCUGCUGCUGCACCUGCUGUGGGCAGGGUCCCUGGCUCAGGACGGCAGGUUCCACCUGCAAAUACAGAGGCCAGUGACGGUGGAGGAGGGUCUGUGUGUCCAAGUGCCUUGCAGCGUCUUCUACCCCAACUACGGCUUGAACAGCUCUACUCCAGCUUAUGGCUACUGGUUCCGGGACGGGACCCCCAGCCCACUGCCUCCAGUGGCCACCAACGACCCACACCGAGAGGUCGCCAAGGAGACCCGGGGCCGAUUCCAGCUCCUCGGCGACCCCCGGACCGGGGGCUGCUCCCUGGUGAUCAGAGACGUUCGGAGGGCGGACGCGGGCACCUACUUCUUUCGGGUGGAGCGAGGCUCCUACGUGAGAUUUAAUUACAUCGAUUCCAAGCUCUCCCUGGAAGUGACAGACCGGAGGCAGGUCCCUGAUGUCUACAUGCCCGAGGCCCUGGAGCCCGGCCGCCCGGCCACGCUGCUCUGUGUGUUCCACUGGGCCUUCGAGGGCUGUCCGGCCCCCACGUUCUCCUGGAGGGGGGCGGCCGCCGACGGCCGAGCAGCCGGGCCGCGAACCUCCCACGUCUUGUCUGAGCUCACCUUCACGCCGAGGGCCCAGGACCACGGCACCGAGCUCACCUGUCGCGUGGACUUCUCCGGAACCCGCGUCAGCGCAGAGAGGACCGUCCGACUGAAUGUGGCCCACGCCCCUAAGGACCUGGUCAUCAACGUUUCCUGGGCCAAGACAUCAGAUCCUGGUGUGUCGCCCCAGGGAAACAACUCAUGUCUGCAAGUCUGGAGAGGCCAGUUCCUGCGGCUGUCCUGUGAGGCCGACGGCCAGCCCCCGGCCACGCUGGGCUGGGUCCUGAACGACAGGGUGCUCGCCAGGUCCCCGCCCUCGGGGUCCAGAACCCUGGAACUGGAGCUGCCUCGGGUGGGGCCCGGGGACGGAGGGCGCUACACCUGCCGCGCAGAGAACAGGCUGGGCUCCCUGCAGGCCUGGCUGGACCUCUCUGUGCAGUACCCUCCAGAGAACCUGCGAGUGACCGUGUCCCAAGCAAACAGGACAGUCCUGGAAAACUUCGAGAGCGGCAUGUCCGUCUCAGUCCUGGAAGGGGAGUCCCUGCGCCUCGUCUGUGUCGCCGACAGCAACCCCCUGGCGGCGCUGAGCUGGGCCCGGGGCAGGCCCGCCCUGAGCCCCUCGCAGCCCUCGGGUCCCGGGGUCCUGGAGUUGCCUCGGGUUCAGAAGGACGACGAAGGGGAGUUCACCUGCCGAGCUCAGAACUCGCUGGGCUCCGCGAGCAUCUCCGUGCGCCUCGUUGUGUUCUACCCACCGCAGCUGCGCGGCCCCGCCUGCUCCUGGGAGGGCGUGGGUCUGCGCUGCGGCUGCUCCGCCCGAGCCUGGCCCGCCCCCUCCGUGCGCUGGCGGGUCGGGGACGAGCUGCUGGAGACGAACAGCAGCAACGCCUCGGUCACGGUCACCUCCAGCUCGGCCGGGCCCUGGGCCAACAGCUCCCUGCGCCUCCGCGCGGGGCUCAGCCCCGGGCGCGCACUCCUCUGCGAGGCCCAGAAUGGCCACGGGGCGCAUAGUGCCACCGUCCUGCUGGUGCCAGAUGCGGGCGCAGUUUCAACAGCCUUCUCCAAGGGGUCAUUUCUCGGACUUGGCAUAGCCACCCUCCUUUUCCUGUGCGUCACACUCAUCCUCAUCAAGACCCUGAGGAAGAAGUGGGCCGGGGCGGCGGCGGUGCGGCCCCGCGCCUCCAGGGGCAGCUCAGUCUGCGAUUACGUCAACGUGGACCCCAACGCGGCUCCCCAGGCUCAGACUCGGAAGGGCACGCCCGGCCGCGCUUCCCAGCCUCCCGCCUCAGGGACUCAUCCCGCGGAACCGAAGAACCGUGGUCUCGCGAGAUCCAAACCGUGCGCUCCCGGCCCAGGGCCAGGGAGUAACCCGGACGAGGUCUGCUACGCUGACGUCAAUUUCCUGGGGCUCCGGCCGUGGGAGACCCACAAGCCCCAGGCCGCCCACACCGAGUAUGCAGAGAUCAAGUUCCACUGA